AUGGCAUCAAUCGGUAAAAUUUAUUCCUAUCCAAACAAUCCUCGUGUAUUCAAAGUACUUAUUGCUGCAAUAUAUAAUGGUGUUGAUCUUGAAGUUUCAGAAUUUGAAUUUGGUACAGAUAACAAAAAACCCGAAUAUUUGAAUAAAUUCCAAACUGAAAAGGUUCCCACCUUUGAAAAUACCGAAGGUGAUACUUUUCUUACUGAAUCUGGCGCAAUUGCAUAUUAUGUUGCUAGUCAAAAAGAAGAUACUCAAUUAUUAGGCAAGGACAAAAAAGAAGCAGCAAAAGUUAUAAAUUGGUCUCAUAAUUUGGCUGUUGAUAGUCUUAAAAAUACACUCAGUAAUUUAGAUAAAAUUUUAUUGAACCAAACCUAUUUGGCUGGAGAUCGUAUCACAUUGGCAGAUAUUUCAGUUGCUACUGCACUUUAUUUGCCAUUCAAACUUGUAUUGGAUUCUGAAUUUCGUAAAGCUCACAAGAAUAUUAGCAGAUGGUAUGUAACACUUAUUAAUCAACCACCUUUUAAGAAAGUUUUAGGAGAUGUAACUUUAGCAGAUGUUGCAGCAGUCUAUACUCAAAAGAAAGAAUCAAAACCAAAAGAAUCUCCACAACCAAAAAAAGCAGAAGCAGCGGUAGCAGGUGAUGAUGAUGAUGAAGUAAAGCCUGAACCAAAACCUAAAAGCAAACUGGAUUCAUUGCCACCUAGUAAGCUUAAUUUAGAUGAGUGGAAACGUGUUUAUUCUAAUAAUGAUACACGACCAGUUGCUGUCAAUUGGUUCUGGGAGCAUUUUGAUCCAGAAGGGUAUUCAAUUUGGCGUGUAGAUUAUAAGUAUAAUAGUGAGUUGACAAAAGUAUUCAUGAGUUCUAAUCUUAUUGGAGGCUUUUAUAAUCGUUUGGACCGUGCUCGUAAAUAUGCUUUUGGAAGUUUGUUAGUGUUGGGUGAAGAUAAUAAGAACGAGAUCGCUGGUUACUUUGUUAUUCGCGUAUCUGAUGCUGCAGAUUUUGAAAGUUACGAAUUUAAAAAGGUUGAUCCUUCAGAUUCUAAAACUAAGGAAAGCUUUGAAGCUUUUAUUGCUUGGGAUGAGACUUUGGAUGGUAAGAAAUUUGCAGAUGGUAAAGGAUAUGCUUUUUCGAACAGGACACACCCAGAAAUCAUUACAAAUUCUGUAUGGCCUGAUUCAAUUGGAAAAUUAAAGAUCAAUUCAGUAUUACAAUAUGAUAAAAACCUUGAAAAUGUUAAAUCUUGGGGAUAUCAAGCUUUAUCAAAGGGACCAACUGCCAACGAUAUCAUCAAUGAUGUAAGUAAAAAUCAAAUAGUGGAACUAUUUAAAUUACACUUGAGUGAAAAGAUAUCAGUAGAAGAAAAACCUAAAUUACCAGAUGGUUUAGAUUUCACUAAAGCAAUCACUGAUUACCUUCAUGCCAUUGGUAGGUAA